CGAGCCGGAAGCGGCCAGGAGGCGGCGGCGGCGGCGGCGGCGCACGUGGUGACGUGCGAGGGGGUGCGGUGCGAGCGGGCAGCGACGGUGGCAGUGUCUCCCGGACGCGCGUGGAGGUCGGACGCUGGGCGCACUUUCUCUUCUUGCUGCUGUGCUAGCGAGCGGUCACGUCCCCGCGAACUCUCGGUGGCGCUCCGCCCUGCUUGCAGCCUCCGAGGACUGGCCGCUCGUCUUCCCGCCCGGUUGCUCCCCUCCCCCCCGCCUCCUCGAGGCGCUUUCCGUUGGGCCGAUUCCCGCCUGCUUCCUCCUGCUGCCCAUCGAAGCUCCAGAGAUGAAUUUUUCCAUCUCUACAGAGAGGAACCAGAUUAUGAUGCAUGAUUAUCACAGAAGAAAUUCGUGUCUAUAGCUUUUAAGGACUUGAUUACAUCAUUUUCAAGCCUGAUAGUUUUGGAAUCACGAUUAGAGCUUAAGACACAACUGCCUUCACUUCAACCACCUGUCUUCAUACCUGGACGAAGUGCUACGUUUUAAUGCUCCUGUGUCCCUGGAUUAUUUAAACUUCCCAGAAUUAUAUUUCUCACCAGUAUAGUAGCCAAAUUUAUAAGGAAAAAUGAUUCCCAAUGGAUAUUUAAUGUUUGAAGAUGAAAAUUUCAUUGAGUCUUCUGUUGCCAAAUUAAAUGCCCUGAGGAAAAGUGGGCAGUUUUGUGAUGUUCGACUUCAGGUCUGUGGCCAUGAGAUGUUAGCACACAGAGCAGUCCUGGCUUGCUGCAGUCCUUAUUUAUUUGAAAUUUUUAAUAAUGAUAGUGAUCCUCAUGGAGUUUCACAUGUUAAAUUUGAUGAUCUCAACCCAGAAGCUGUUGAAGUCCUGUUGAAUUAUGCUUACACUGCUCAGUUGAAAGCUGAUAAGGAAUUAGUAAAAGAUGUUUAUUCUGCAGCAAAAAAACUGAAGAUGGACCGAGUAAAGCAGGUUUGUGGCGAUUAUUUACUAUCUAGAAUGGAUGUUGCCAGCUGCAUCUCUUACCGAAAUUUUGCAAGUUGUAUGGGAGACUCCCGUUUGUUGAAUAAGGUUGAUGCUUACAUUCAGGAGCAUUUGUUACAAAUUUCAGAAGAGGAAGAGUUUCUUAAACUUCCACGGCUAAAGCUGGAGGUAAUGCUUGAAGAUAAUGUUUACUUGCCCAGCAAUGGCAAAUUGUAUACAAAGGUAAUCAACUGGGUGCAGCGUAGCAUCUGGGAGAACGGAGACAGUCUGGAAGAGCUGAUGGAAGAGGUUCAAACCUUGUACUACUCAGCUGAUCACAAGCUGCUUGAUGGGAAUCUACUAGAUGGACAGGCUGAGGUGUUUGGCAGUGAUGAUGACCACAUUCAGUUUGUGCAGAAAAAGCCACCACGUGAGAAUGGCCAUAAGCAGAUAAGUAGCAGUUCCACUGGAUGUCUCUCUUCUCCAAAUGCUACAGUACAAAGCCCUAAGCAUGAGUGGAAAAUCGUUGCUUCGGAAAAGACUUCAAAUAAUACUUACUUGUGUCUGGCUGUGCUGGAUGGUGUAUUCUGUGUAAUUUUCCUUCACGGACGAAACAGCCCACAGAGCUCACCAACAAGUACUCCGAGACUAGUUAAGAGUUUAAGCUUUGAGAUGCAACCAGAUGAGCUAGUAGAAAAGCCCAUGUCGCCUAUGCAGUACGCACGAUCUGGUCUGGGAACAGCAGAGAUGAAUGGUAGACUCAUUGCUGCAGGUGGCUACAACAGAGAGGAAUGUCUUCGAACAGUUGAAUGCUAUGAUCCACGUACAGAUCAGUGGUCCUUUCUUGCUCCCAUGAGAACACCAAGAGCCCGAUUUCAAAUGGCUGUGCUUAUGGGCCAGCUCUAUGUGGUAGGUGGAUCAAAUGGCCACUCAGAUGACCUGAGUUGUGGAGAGAUGUAUGAUCCAAACAUAGAUGACUGGACUCCUGUUCCAGAAUUGAGAACUAACCGUUGCAAUGCAGGAGUGUGUGCUCUGAAUGCGAAAUUAUACAUUGUUGGUGGCUCUGAUCCAUAUGGGCAAAAAGGACUAAAAAAUUGUGAUGUAUUUGAUCCUGUAACAAAGGCAUGGACAAGCUGUGCUCCUCUUAACAUUCGUAGACACCAGUCUGCAGUCUGUGAGCUUGGUGGUUAUUUGUACAUAAUCGGAGGUGCAGAGUCUUGGAAUUGUCUGAACACAGUAGAACGUUACAAUCCUGAAAAUAACACCUGGACUUUAAUUGCACCCAUGAAUGUGGCUAGGCGAGGAGCUGGAGUAGCUGUUCUUGAUGGAAAAUUGUUUGUAGGUGGUGGCUUUGAUGGUUCUCGUGCCAUCAGUUGUGUGGAGAUGUAUGAUCCAACUAGAAAUGAGUGGAAGAUGAUGGGAAACAUGACUUCACCAAGGAGCAAUGCUGGGAUUGCAACUGUAGGGAAUACCAUUUAUGCAGUAGGAGGAUUUGAUGGCAAUGAAUUUCUGAAUACGGUGGAAGUUUAUAACCUUGAGUCAAAUGAGUGGAGCCCCUAUAUGAAGAUUUUCCAAUUUUAACAAAUUUAAGACCCUUUCAAACUAACAGGCUUAGUGAUGUAAUUGUGUUUAGUAAAGGUACAUUUGUGAAUAAGGAGGGUGGGUGGGUAUAGAUGUUGCUAACAGCAACACAAAGCUUUUGCAUAUUGCAUAUUAUUAAACAUGCUGUACAUACUUUUUGUGUUUAUUUGGAAAGGGAUGCAAAGAUGAAGGUCUGUUUUGUGCAUUUUUAGAAUUUUUUUGGUUUCUUUACUUUUUGGAAGUUGAUAUUGUAAAAGAAUAAACCAAGAAUGAUUGGGCACAUCAUUUCAAGAAGUCCCCUCCUCCACAUUUGUUUUGCCAAUUUGCACAUUAAAUGACUCUUCCCUAAAAUGUGUGUUAUGGGGUAAGAGGGGUUGGGUUUUAAGAUGUAGGCAGUUGGGAUUUUUAAGGGCCCUCUUCCAAUAACUGGAACAAUCUAACAAAAAAGACUUAUUUAGCUAGAUGACAAUGACUAUUUUUGUUUUUAUUAAAAGAAAGCUGACAUGCCUACCAAUAUUUAAUCUUUUAUGAUUGCCCUUUUAUAACUUUUUAUAUUCUCAUUCUCAGCAUAGUGUUUUACCUGUUGAAGGAAAAUGGUAGAUUCAAAGUACUGAAGCAUAGUGGUAGUCUUAAAAGUAUGCAAAGUGGGGUGCAUCUUUUAAACACCUAGAAUGCACACUUCUAAGCUUUUUUCUUGGCUUUUUUUUUUUUUUUUUUUUUUUGAGAUUGCAAUAUAAGUGUUUAUUUGGAUAGAGUUGCUGAACAGUAACAUAGCUAUAUGAUUUUUGGUAUUUGGGACACUUGAUUUUAAAUAUUUUGACUUAUUAAGAGUGUAUCUUGUAUAGCAAAACAUUUAAUAUAACAGUAAAGAACAGUUAAGUAUUUUAUCUUCUAAAAUCUGUCUUUAUCAUUAACAAAACAACCCUAAAUGGCAGCCCUCAGAUGUGAAAAAAAAAUCCUUAGUGGGUUUGUGAAUGCAACCUAUAUCAGAACUAUGUUUUUGUUCAGUUUUUCUAUUCAACUGGAUAAAUACUGGUUGGGAUGACUUGGUGUCUAAUGUGUAAUGCCACACAUCUAACUUAUGGUGCCAAAAUUAGCACGUUCUGAUGCUUGCUGCUGAUGCAAACAGUAAUAUUAAAGGUACUUUCAGGAGAUCCUUGCACCAUGGGAUUAACAUCCAAAUGUUGUUUGUGUACUCAUUCACUACUAAGAGUUUUGGGGAAACAUUUUUUUAUUUUCCCAAUAAUGAUGAGUUUAAGGUAGUUGGAAAAUAUUCACCUUGGCAUCAACAGGUGUGAGAUUCCCCCUCCCCCACCCAGGAGACAAAGCACACAAGAAUGUAAUAUGCCAACUGGGAUGAGGUGGUGAUUUCAGUGGCUACCUUGGGUAAGGGAAGUAGGUAUUUUUCCCACUGGUAGUUUGCCACCUUAUUUCAAACAACCACCAAGAAAACUGGCUGAGUUCCUGACUGUCCAUCUAUACAUGGUUUGGUUCAGGACUAAAACUAGGUUAGCAGAUUUCACCGUGCCUAGUAUGAUGACUGUUUUUGAAACGGAUCUGUAUUAUGUCCUAUUUAGCACCAAAAAAAAAAAAGUUGGGGAUUCAGCAGUAAAAUCUUUGAAAUCACUUCUCAGUUCAUAAGUGACACGCUUAAUGCAAAUAAUAUGUGGAGUAUUUCAGGUCAGAGUUUACUGUGAUGCCAAACAAGUUAUCCAGUGGCUAUGAGUAUUUUCUAAGAAGCCAUUAGAGCCAAUCUGCAUGAACAUAAGUUGCCAUAAUGGAAAAACAGUGCUCAGUAACCAGUUAACUACUUAUCCACAUCUAAAAAGUAUGUUUUCUUCAGGGAGGGAGAAAAAUGUGUCAUAGUCUCAACAUAAUUUCUUUUUUUUUUUUUAUAUUUUCUUUACCAGUAUGGAUUUUGGAGUAGUUUGUUUACUAUCAGUAGUAAUACAACUUCUUUAACAGUGCACAAAACAUACUAGAUUCCUCAAAGAAUAGUGAAAUACCCAAAAUAACUUCUAAUUAACAAUAUGGUUAGUUAUACUCAGGCAUAAGUUUUAUUCUGUAUUAUGAUUUUCAGUAUAGGGUUCUGAUUUCUGGCUUCUAAUCUGUCCUACAUACUUUACCAUUGUUCAAAAAUAUUUUAAGAGUUUCCUCAUAACAAUCAUUUUUGGGGAAAAAAAGACCUAGAUUUGGGGAUGUGAUAUAGUGCUAGAAUCCUUGCAUAAUUAACAAACUAGGUGUGCAGCCUUUAAUUUCUUCA